UCUUCCUCUUCUUCAUCCUCUUCCUCUUCUUCAUCCUCUUCCUCUUCUUCAUCCUCUUCCUCUUCCUCAUCCUCUUCCUCUUCCUCAUCCUCUUCCUCUCAUCCUCUUCCUCCUCAUCCUCUUCUUCCUCAUCCUCUUCUUCCUCAUCUUCUUCUCUUCCUCCUCUUCAUCUCUUCUUCUUCAUCCUCUUCUUCUUCAUCCUCUUCUUCUUCAUCCUCUUCUUCUUCAUCCUCUUCUUCUUCAUCCUCUUCUUCUUCUUUUUGUCUUCCUCUUGCAGGUCACUGCUCAUGCGCAGAUUUUUUAUCGGUAAAAAAAAUCGGCCGAUUUGCCCAUUAUUGCCGUGAAAAUUGGCCGAUCGGCAAAAUCAGCUGAUUUUUUUCCAACUUUACCGAAAAAAAAAAAAAACGGCCAAAAC